UGAGAAUAUAGCAAGUUCAGAGACGACACCAGGACCCAGCGUGAAUCCUUCACUCGCGAUGACGACCAUCCGUCCCAGCCUCCACGCAAGGUGAUUGGGGAGAUAAACACGAUCACAGAAGGACCAUUCUCAGGAGGAUCAUUUAAAUCACUCAAAAAAGCAUACCAUAGACAGGUGAACAGCGUCCACACCAUGCCUCCAUCCAAACACCGACGAACAGGCCAAGACAUGUCCUUCAGUGAAGGAGACGCCAGGGGAGUAAAGCAGCCCCACAACGAUCCCCUGGUCAUAGUACUGAACAUAGAAGGGUUCAAUACCAAAAGGAUCCUUGUUGACAACGGGAGCUCAGCGGACAUUAUCUACUUCCCAGCCUUCCAGCAGUUGAGAUUAGAUCCAAAAAGGCUUCGCCCAUUUGAUUCUCCACUCAUCAGUUUCAGUGGAGACAGGGUCUACCCCAGGGGUAUAGUGACACUGACGGUAACGGCUGGGACCUACCCAUUGCAGUUGACCAAACAAGUAGACUUCCUGGUGGUAGAUUGCCCGUCAUCCUACAAUGUCAUCAUUGGGAGGCCCACCCUCAACAAGUGGAAGGCAGCGACGUCAACCUACUGUUUGAAGGUGAAAUUCCCGACAGACAACGGCGUGGGUGAAGUGAAAGGUGAUCAAGUCCUGGCAAGGGAAUGCUAUCAGGCAGUGCUGGCAGGAAAGGAGAACCACACGUGGACGAUUGAAGAAGAAGAAAUAGACGGGAUGGAGACCUUAGAAACAGUGGAAUUGGUAGAAGGGAAGGCAGACAAGACGACCAAGAUAGGGACGACGCUAAGCCCCGAGAUGAGAACGAGGCUCAUAAAGUUCCUUAAAGGGAAUCUAGAUGUCUUUGCAUGGAGUCACGAGGGCAUGCCAGGCAUAUCUCCAGAAGUCAUCCAGCAUAGGCUGAAUGUGGACCCCAGCAGGAAGCCCGUUCAGCAACGACGAAGAACUUUCGCCCCAGAGCGAGAUCAGGCAGUGGCAGAGGAAGUAACCAAACUCCUGACAGCUGGAUUCAUCCGGGAGGUAUAUUAUCCAAAAUGGCUCGCCAACGUCGUCCUGGUAAAGAAGGCAAACGGAAAGUGGAGAAUGUGUGUAGACUUCACCGACCUGAACAAAGCAUGCCCAAAGGACAGCUUUCCUCUACCAAGGAUAGACCAGCUCGUGGACUCCACCGCCGGACACAAGUUACUGACGUUUAUGGACGCCUUCUCAGGGUACAACCAGAUAAAGAUGGCUGAAAAAGACCAGGAGAAGACAGCCUUCAUCACAAGCCAAGGUCUCUACUGUUACAAGGUGAUGCCUUUUGGGCUGAAAAAUGCUGGAGCUACGUAUCAGAGAAUGGUAAACAGGAUGUUCAGCCAACAGAUUGGCAGGAACAUGGAGGUGUACGUGGACGAUAUGCUCGUCAAGAGUAAGGAAGAGCUCACACACCUGGACGACUUGGAGGAAACUUUUGCAACCCUCAAAAAACACCAGAUGAAGCUGAAUCCAAGCAAGUGUGUUUUUGGGGUAGCCUCGGGGAAGUUCUUGGGAUUCAUGGUGUCCCAAAGAGGAAUAGAAGCAAAUCCAGAGAAAGUGCGAGCUAUUAUUGACAUGGCCUCACCCAAAACCGUCAAGGAUGUUCAAAAACUCACAGGAAGAAUAGCAACUUUAAAUAGGUUCGUCUCUAGGGCUACAGACAAAUGUCUGCCCUUCUUUAAGACGUUGAAGCAGGCUUUUGCUUGGACCGACGAGUGCGAAGCGGCGUUCCAAGAGCUGAAGCAAUACCUGAGCAGUCCACCUCUCCUAAGCCCGUCCAAAGAAGGAGAAAACCUAUACCUGUACCUAGCGGUGUCAGCCUCGGCAGUAAGUGCAGCCUUGAUUAGAGAAAAAGGCAAAAAGCAACUCCCGGUUUAUUACGUCAGCCAAGCUUUCCAAGGGGCUGAGUCCAGAUACCCAAGGAUAGAAAAGAUCGCGUUUGCACUAAUAGUGGCCUCGCGCAAGCUCAGGCAAUACUUCCAAUCAAAUCUUAUUCUAGUAAUGACGGAUCAACCAAUCAAGAAGUCAAUGAGCAAGCCGGAAGCAGCAGGGAGAAUGGUCCAGUGGGCAAUUGAGCUUAGCCAGUUUGACAUUGAGUACCAUCCAAGAACAGCUAUCAAGGCACAAGCUCUGGCAGACUUCGUCGCAGAAUUCACGAUCCCUGACGAAGACAGGGUUACCGACAAAGCAAACAAACUAAUAAUACAGACUAAUGGUUCGUCAGCUCAAAAGAAGGGGGAAGUAGGGGUCAUCAUAACCACCCCUGACGGAGAGGUGCUGAAGUAUGGGGUCCAACUAAAGUUCCCAGCCACCAACAACGAAGCUGAAUACGAAGGAAUACUGACGGGAUUGAGACUUGGGAAAGCUCUUGGUAACAAAAAUUUGUUGAUCCAAAGUGAUUCGAAGCUAGUGAUUGGACAGAUCAAGGGAGAAUACGAGGCAAAAGAAGAAAGGAUGCAGAAGUACCUCAAGUUGGCAAGACAGCUAGCCCAGGAAUUCGAUAUAGUGGAGUUCAUACAAAUCCCAAGAAGCCAGAAUAUGGGGGCUGACGAAGUGUCAAAACUAGCGUCGUCAAAAGAAGAAGGGACUUGCACGGACCUGGCGAUGGAAGUCCAAAAACACCCUAGUAUCGAGGAAGUUACAACCUUCACCAUCCAGAGCACCGACACCUGGAUGACACCCAUAAUGUCCUUCCUCCAGGACGGGCACCUACCUCAAAACACUGAAGAAGCCAAAAAGAUCAAGAAGAGGGCAGCCAGAUUCACGAUCCUGAAUGACGUCUUGUACAAGAGAGGCUUCUCAAUGCCCUACUUGAAGUGCGUCGACGAGGAAGAGGCCAAAUACAUCUUAGAGGAGGUACAUGGAGGAAUUUGUGGCGACCAUGCCGGCUCCAAAUCCCUAGCAAACAAAGUGGUAAGGGCAAGAUAUUUUUGGCCAACCAUGCAGGCGGAUGCGGCUGAGAUCGUCAGGAGGUGCGACAAAUGCCAACGAUACGGAAAUGUGCAGCGGCUUCCAGCAGAGAAAAUGACGACCAUAACUUCCCCAUGGCUAUUUGCACAAUGGGGAAUCGAUAUCGUCGGUCCUCUGCCCCAAGGUAAAGGUCAGGUAAAAUUCUUUCUUGUUGCUAUUGACUAUUUUACAAAAUGGGUCGAAGCAGAGGCCCUAGCAACGAUCACUGAGACUCAGAUCCAGAACUUUGUGUGGAAGAACAUAAUCUGCAGGUUUGGGAUUCCCUCGACAAUCAUAUCAGACAAUGGGAGGCAGUUUGACAGUCAAGGCUUCAGGGAAUUCUGCUCAAGCCUUGGGAUCAAGAAUCAAUUCUCAUCCUCAGGGCAUCCUCAGGCAAACGGGCAGACGGAAGUGACGAACCGGACACUGCUCAAGAUUAUCAAGACCAGACUGGACGAUGCGAAAGGUGCCUGGCCAGAAGAGCUACCAAAUGUCCUGUGGGCCUACAGAACCACCGCCAGAACCCCAACGGGAGAAACCCCCUUCAGGCUUACCUAUGGUACAGAAGCAGUAAUCCCAGUCGAAGUAGGGGUCACAAGUAUCAGGUGUGGAACCUUCAACAAAGAAAUCAAUGAUGACGAACUACAACUGAACCUAGAUUGUCUGGACGAAGUAAGAGUCAACGCUUCCAGCAAGAUGACGAAGUACCAAAGAAAGAUGGCCGAAUACUAUGACAAAAGGGUCAAACUGAGACGCCUGGACAUAGGUGACCUCGUCCUACGCAGGACCACCAUGGCAACUAAAGACCCUACCCAGGGAAAGCUGGGUCCUACGUGGGAAGGUCCUUACCGAGUCGUUCACUACUCAAGACAAGGAAGUUAUCACCUGGAAACCAUGGACGGACAAAGACUCCCUCGACCAAGGAAUAUUGAGCAUUUAAAAAAGUACCACCAGUAAAUGUAAUAGACAAAGGCAAUUGCUCCUGAAUUCAAUAAAAAUUUCUUAUCUUUUGAUGUCUUUAUGCAGACAGGUCCAGUCAAUCGUAAGUCAAAUUAACAGGAGUCCACUUUGACGAGCGUAUGUCAUUGACGACAACUUUGACGAGUAUAUGUCAUUGACGACAAAGUCAACGAAUAUGAGAAAGGGGCUAAGUGAUAAGAUUCCGCCAAGACGGAUGUAAAUCACUGACGAAGCCAUAAGUGAUCAGAUUCCUUAAUGGGAUGUAAGUCACCCUAAAAAAAAAAAAAAAAAAAAAAAAAAAAAAAAGGCUAAGUGAUAAGAUUCCGCCAAGACGGAUGUAAAUCACUGACGAAGCCCUAAGUGACAAGAUUCCUUAAUGGGAUGUAAGUCACCCUAAAAAAGGAAAAAAGGCUAAGUGAUAAGAUUCUGCCAAGACGGAUGUAAAUCACUGACGAAGCCAUAAAAGACGAGAUUCCUUAAUGGGAUAUAAGUCACCCUAACAAAGGAAAACAAGAGCUAAGUGAUAAGAUUCCGCCAAGACGGAUGUAAAUCACUGACGAGGGAUACGCGAAUGGCAAAGUCCCACCGAACGAACCAAGGACUUAGACAAGGGAAAGAACAAGAAAAAAGACAAAUAUCCACAACAAACGAGCAAAUCACAAGGAAUUUGCACUAAGUACCAGCCAAAUACAAGGUACGCUAAAAAAUUUAUGCUAAAGUCACGCACAUGGGCACAAACACAGACAGUAGUAGAUAAACGUUAAAUUAUAGAAAAGCCCAAAAACAUAGGGCAAUUAUCCUUGUUUCUCUUAACAGGGCCGAAAGAUAUUGUUCUAAAAAUAAAAAUAAAAAUAUAUACGUACAUCUAAAAAUAAAAA